AUGCCCGGCUGGAGUCGACAGAGGUCAGACAGCAAGCUGGCAGCCUGGGCGAAGAGCCAAGACAUCGCGACCGUUGAGCGGGAGCUAGAGCGCACCGAGAAGGACAUCCGCCGCGCCGGGAGUGUCUCGCUGAACCCGGAGUACACCGGCUCCGAGCAGCGCGAGAUCGUCCAUCUCCGCGCCGAGCUCGCCAAGCUCACCGCCCGCGAGGCCGAGCUCCAGGCCGCCCUCGCCUGCUCCGAGCGCAAGAGGGACGAGGAGCGCUUGGCCCACGAGCGCGACCGCAAGACGAUGCUCUCGACGAUCCGCAAGCUGAAGGGCGAGGUCGAAGACGGCUGGAGCCGGAUGAUCAGACUCAAAGAGAAAUACGAACGACCCAACUUCCCUCAGCUGGAGUCGGGCCGAAGUGCGGCGAGCAAGAUCUACCAGACCGACGAAUCCUUCGAGGCCGUCUACCGCCCGAGCUGUCCCCGCCGGCCUCUCACCGCCACCACCACCGUCGUCAUCGUUGUCAUUGAAUCUUCCACACCCCUUUCUUGGUUAACGGCCCCGCCAUCGGCCGGCGUCCGGGCCAUCCCGCCCGCGCCGGACGCGCCUGGCGCCCCAUCGUCGUCGUCGCCUCGCAUCUCCUCCUCGAGCCCUCCACCCCCACCCCUCGUCUCCAUUUGCUCAUCCCUCAGUCCCGCCAAAUACGCCCCAUCCACCAGAUAUACAUUUCGUAGCCAACAGACACUCUUCUUGAAUUAUUCGUAA